ACAGAAUAUCUAAUGAGACUCGCAAAGUUUGCAUUUACUAUUUAUCCAAGAAAUACAUUACCUGGACAUUUUUUUGGCGUAAUUUUCUGAAUAUUUCAUUACAGGCUGACAGAUCCAUGACUGAACUGUACAACGUCAAACUUGCGGUUUUAAAGUAACGUAUCAAGCGAUGGUCCAGAAAUUUUUCUUUUUGCCAAAGUUGAACUCAUUCAAACUGGUCUGGUCAAGAAGAUAUAUCUGGAAACUACUCUUACUGACAUUUUGUCUAUUAGCACUGAUAGCGGUCAACUUUCAGCCUACUGUACAGUAUGCAGUUAGGAUGGCUAUACAUAGAUCUGAACUAUACAACAAGCUAUUUGCUCCCUCAGACGCAGGAGGCUGUAGAGUGAACUACAGCAUACCGGAAGUAGAUACAUUUAUACGAGAGUAUCAGGGAAAAUCAAAUCUGUUGGACUCUGUGUUUAAAGUUGAUGAACAGGAGCCUUAUUUGAGUUUCUUGGCCAAACUAAACAAAUGGAAAAGAAAAGGAAAAUUAAUGAAAGAGUUUGUAAAGAAUAACAACACGUGGGCCUGGGAAAUAUUUCACCAGCAGAUCAAUCAGUACUUCCUGUAUGACCCAGAAGAUACCAGCUACUAUCAGCAAAUGUUAAAAGAUCUAAAUCAAAGAAAAAUAAUUUUUACAGAUGUCAACAACCGCAGCUCUCAUCUUGUGCUUAUAGUGACAUUUGACAACGGAAUGAAAGGUCUUUACAAGUUCAUGAGAACCCCAAGGGACCAUGAAGUAUUGCCGAAUCAUUUUUUCUUCAGUGACAUAGAACGAGCCCAUGCAGAGAUAGCUUCAUUUCACCUGGACAAAGUGCUAGGAUUCUAUAGAGUGCCUCCAACAGUUGGGAGAGUUUUAAACAUAACGGAAGACAUUGGAAAUGUUGGAGUCGAACUGCUCACCAGUACUCUUCACAGGUCUCCAGUUGGAAAUCUGUGUUUCUUUGGGAAGUGUAAAGACUACUGCAAAGUAGCUUUCUCUAUUUGUGGGACUCCAGACACAAUAGAGGGGGCCAUGUCUGUGUUUCUUCCUCCAAGAGGCAUCAAUCAGUCGCAUUACUCAGUGGCGUCUCCCUGGAUGCGAGUGUACCACCAUACAGGAAAGGCCACAUGGGAGCUAUCUGAAGAUUAUUGUGAAACGAACGUGAAAAAAAGAGAAGGCUUCCAAGGUCGUAAAUUAUUGGAUUAUAGUGAUAUUGGAGUUUUUGACUUCCUUAUAGGAAACUUAGACCGCCAUCAUGUCGAGUUGUUUCAACAGUUCAACAAUGACACAUUCAUUUUACACUUGGAUAAUGGAAGAGGGUUUGGUAAAUCUAAAUACGACUGCAUGUCUUGUAUGUCUCCUGUGCGCCAAUGUUGUAUGAUUCGUCGGUCCACUCUGGCUAAACUGGUCAAACUAUACAUCGGACCGGACAGUUUAAGUCACGUGCUCAGAAAGUCCCUGGAAGCGGACCCUUUGUCUCCAAUACUUUGGGAACCUCAUCUGGACGCACUGGACCGUCGAGUAGGUCAAAUUCUCAAAGUAGUCAGAGACUGUAUAGCCAAAAAGGGCAAACUUUGGCACGAGGUUAUCAUUGAUGACGGAUACAAUUAAUUUAUUUGACAUCUUGUUUGAAUACGAAACAAAUAUUUCAGGGCGCAUAGAUAUGUUUUUUACAUUCAAAUUGUAUUUUUGUUUUUACCACUAAGCAAUUUUUAAAGUAUUGUAUUUAUAUAAUAUAUAGAAGCUUUACCUUCCCCGAUUUAUCACAAUAUAAUCUUGAUAGACAUGCUAACUGUUGUAAAAAAAAAACCAAACUUGAACUUUAUGGCCAUACCACAAGGUCCUCAGGGCUCUCAAAGACCUUCUUUCAGGGAACAGUACCAGGAAAAAUAAGAAGAAGCAGAUAGAGAAAGCGACGGAAGACAACAUAAAAGAAAUGACAGGCCUGUCAUUGAAAGAAAAUGUAUCAAAGGCUAAAUACAGAGCGGAAUGGAGAGAGAUCGUCAACAGAUCUUGUGUGGUGCCCCAACGGUUCAACAUACUAAGGGAUAGGUGAAGCUGAAGGCUAGGAUUAUUGCAAGAUAAUUCCAACAUGUCCUAAAACUUUCAAAACUCAAGCGUAUUCCUCUCAUGCCUGCCUAAUGGCGAAAGAGAAACAGGUUGGCAUUAUUAAAACUAAAUAAUAUGUGUUUAUAUCUUCUCAGUGAAUGCUAAUUUUCCUGAGUCCUACAUUCCAUUGAUGUAACUAGUUGAUAGCCUAUGUACUGUUUAAUUUGGCUGAAGCUAAUAUCAAAAAGUUUGUACACGUUAUUUCUCACUUACCCAAUCUCGGAUCAAGCUGAAAUUCUGCGCAAUUAUUUUUUACUUGACAACACAAGAAACAAACAAACAAACAAACAAAAUAUUAUUUUGUUAGGUAUCUCAAACAAGGGAAAGAAUGUAUACCUGACUGAAGUGGUGGUAUAAGCUGAGUUAGUCCCCUUCAAAGGUAUCAGUGUCUUAGCAAACACAACAUGAAAAAUAGGAAGAGACUAUAGCAACAAUCUUCCAGUGGUUACUGUGUUGGUUUGAGAAGUCAGAGAAGGCAUGAGCCAUGAGUUCAAAUUCAGGUCGUUCCCCUUUUUUUAAAAUUUUUAUAAAUGCAUUAUAAAUGCUUUUUAUUGUUAGUCUAUGUCUAUUAUAAAUUUCAUUAUAUUACUGAUCCAAAAUAAUUGAUACAACUAUGCUUAAUAUAAUCUUUCUUUUUAAAAAUGUAUUUGUAAAAGCAUUUUCUUGUUUUUCACUUCCAACGGAAUGGUUCUGUUUAUAAAGCUGGUAUAGAUCUGUUACAAAUUUAAUUACAUGACUGAGCCAAACUAAUUAAUACUAUUACAUGUCACAUAAGCUUUGUUUUUUUUAAAGUACUUUUUUUUCCUUGUUGAAUUUUUUUGUAUAACACUUUAAAAAAAUAUAUUUAUAAUGUGUUUAAUAUGCAGAUAAUUAAUAAUAUUUCUAUAUUCUUGUAAU